AAAUUUAAGUAAUCUGCUGAACAGAUGACUUGAAUUGCAGAAUACAUGUGUAUGAAAAAUGUAAGCAGUUUGCAUAUUUCUUUAAAAUUUCUCUUGUGUUCUGAAACUAAAUAUUAUGGCUUAUAAAGUUGGCAUUAUAGGAUUUGGUAAUUUAGGAAAGUUUCUUGUCUCAAGUAUUGCAGCUGAUCCCAAUUAUGAAAUUGCAUUCGUAUGGAAUCGAACGAAAUCUGUUAUUUGUGGUGUCGUUGAAACCUCCUUGAUUCUAGAUGAUCUUAAAGAUUUUGCUUCAAGGAAACCUGAUAUAAUAGUUGAAGUCGCCCAUCCAUCGAUUACAAAAUCUUUCGGGAAGGAAUUCUUAAGUUAUUGCGAUUAUAUGUUAUGUGAUGAGGAUUUGCUUAGAGAUUUGGAAGAAGCAGCUAUUCAUCAUGGUUUAUAUAUUCCAAGUGGAGCAUUUUGGGGAGGAGAAGAUGUUAGAAAAAUGUCUGAUGCUAGAAAGCUUAGAGCUUUAAAGGUUACCAUGAAAAAGCAUCCCUUGAGUUUAAAGGUGGAAGGAUAUUUAAAGUUGCUGAAUGAUGAAGUGAAAGAUAAAGCUGUAACUUUAUAUGAAGGUUGUGUUCGGGAUGUAUGUUCUCUUGCUCCUCACAAUACCAAUACAAUGGCAGCUGCUGCUGUAGCGGCACCAAGUUUGGGCUUUGAUGGUGUCACCGGAUGUUUAAUUUCGGAUCCAAAUUUGGAUAAGUAUCAUAUUGUAGAAAUAGAAGCAUUUGGGUUUCCCAAUAAAGAUGGUUCUUAUUUUCAUGUUCAUACUAUUCGAAAAAAUCCUGCUGUAGUUGGAGAAGUGACAGGUGAAGCUACUUACACUGCCUAUUUGGGUAGUCUUAAAAGAGCUAAAGGAAAGGGGCCUGGUGUGCAUCUGUGUUGAAAUUUUGUGAUGUACAAAUGAAGUAACUGAUAAGCUUUAGGGUAUAUAUUGAUAAAUUACAUGCCUAGAAGAAAAGCAAAUGUUGAUGUAGCAAUAUUAUCAUAUAUCUACUCAAGACAACUGAGACAAAUAUCUGAAGGACUUUUUUUCCCUUUAAUCUGCAUAUUCAUUGUAUUUUGUGUAAAAUUUUUAUUUUAGAAAACAAUAAACACAAAAAUUUUUAUAGAAAA